AUGGCCGAAGGCCAGCAGCCUACGGUUGGGCAAGCUGCUCAGCCCUCACAGUCGCUAAGAAUCUCCGACGUGAUUCGAAGCUACCGACCCUGCAAGUCUUUCAAAAGCUCGAAAUCAGAAUCGUCCUCGCACUACACAACCUCCUUGGAUUUUGAUGACCAGGGUGAAUUCGUCGUCGCCGCGGGUGAUGAUGAGACCAUUCAGAUCUUCGACGUCAAAGAAGGCAAAUCUACCAAAUCGGUUCCCAGCAAGAAAUACGGUGUUCAUCUUGCACGCUUCACUCACCACUCUCGUCAAGUGCUACAUGCCAGUACCAAGGUUGAUCAUUCUCUUCGUCUACUCGAUCUCCACAACGAAGGAUACGUGCGCUACUUUUCGGGUCACACUGACAAGGUAACAUGCUUGGCAAUGUCUCCAGGCAGCGAUGCCUUCGUCUCCUGCUCCAAAGACGACACAGUCACCGUCUGGGACCUUGGCUCUCGAAAUCCUCAAGGCAAAUUGAAGUUGGCAACUCCUUACCUUGUGGCGUUCGACCCAUCUGCCUCGGUCAUCGCCGUUGCCUCACAGGCGACGGCGUCGAUUCUUCUCUAUGACUUCCGAAACUACGACAAAGCGCCCUUUUCCACCUUCGACCUUACUCCAUACGAAGAGAUGUACACCCCUUCGACCCGUGGGCGUGCUUGGACCAGACUGGAAUUCUCCAAUGAUGGAAAAUACCUGAUGCUUGGAACUGAUCACCAUGGACACUUCAUACUGGACGCAUUUGAUGGAACGAUCAAGGCUUUUUUGACUGGAAAGAGUGGAUCGCCUGGUCGAGCUGCGCCUGUGUCAAGUACCGGUAAGCCCUUGGGUCAAGGUGAUGUCUGCUUUACAACCGAUGGACGAUUUGUUGUCGGAGGUAAUGGGGACCAGCAGGAUGUGCUUGUCUGGGAUCUCAAUGACAUCCGAGAAGCACGGCAGUCAAAUGUGUCGCUACAACCCGCGACCAGAUUGUCCCACCAAGGCCGAACUGCGCUGAUUGAAUACAAUCCCCGCUAUCACAUGAUCGCAAGUGCCGACAAAGACAUCGUGUUCUGGCAGCCCGAUGAGCCUUCCAAGCCGUCGGACAAGUAG